AUGUUGGUCAGCGUCGACGAUAUUAUCAUCCUUUACUUGGUAACGUUGGUCUGCUUGUCGAGUGGUAUACUAACAACAAAAGUGUCUCGGGAUUUCCAACCACCUACGGGAUUACUGUCCCCGCCUGUUAGUUACCUUCCAACCACGAACACUGGGUACCCAAAACUUUCGCAACAUGCUGUUUUUGUUAAUCGAGCUUUGGACAAUGGCCUGGAAGACGUUAGAGCUUCACGUGGAGGCUAUCGCGAGGCACAAGUACAAGAUGGAUAUUCAUAUUUAAAACCACUAUCGAUCGACCUCGAGUUACCCACAAAAGAUCAGAAGAUUAAAUUAUUUACGAACAAACAAACAAUACGGACUAUAAUUUAUACCUUCAGAUCCCUCGAGAAAAUGCAGAGUAACCAUGAAACUGUAUUGACAAGAGUCACAGAAUCACCGAAACCCAUCAGCGCAUCGACUCAGCGAUUGGAGAUCAAAAAUCACCCCUACGUUCCCCGGCAGGCGUCGUAUCGAGUCGUAGAAGAGCUCGAUGAAUACCUAAUGGAUGAUUUGGAUCAUACUCGAUCCCCUUAUCGUGGGAAAGUUCAGACAACGAAUCCCAAUCGCGGCGAUACGCAAGACAUAACGACGGUCAUCAAAGCCCUCGAUCACUUCCUGACCGGAGUUCUACACGACGACGGUUACAACAGCGAGUUACAUCCACCGCCCAACCCUGUUUUAGCCCUCAUCCUGUCACGAUACGGACGAUACGUGCUCGGCGCACGAAAUCCACGCGUAUACGCGCACAUGGCUGUAAACAAUAUUCAUAACAACAAACCCUUUGGUAGUUAUAAGUUGGAAUGUGAAGAAGUGCCAACUUACGUUCGAUAACGAUGGUCUCUUAGACAGGGAUUUUUUGUGCCUUUUAGACAGG